AGCCAAGAUGGCGUACAAGUGGUCGCCAGGCCGCAGUUGGCGCCUAGUCAGUGUCUGAGCGGGGUGUUUUGGAAGGGGCGGUGGCAAACGCCCUGUCCGCCGCCAUGGCCCGACAUCGGAAUGUCAGAGGCUAUAACUACGAUGAAGAUUUUGAAGAUGAUGAUUAUUAUGGCCAGUCUGUGGAGGAUGAUUACUGUAUUUCUCCAUCAACAGCUGCUCAAUUUAUUUACUCACGACGUGACAAACCUUCAAUUGUCGAGCCUGUAGAAGAAUAUGAUUCUGAAGAACUGAAGCAAUCUUCCAACUCUCUUUCAAAGCAGCAGCUAAGUGGAAUUGAUCAAGCUCGUCUUUAUUCAUGCCUUGAUCACAUGAGAGAGGUACUUGGAGAUGCUGUGCCGGAUGAAAUACUCAUAGAAGCAAUUCUGAAGAACAAGUUUGAUGUGCAGAAGGCUUUGGCAGUGGUUCUGGAACAAGAUAACCUGCCGAGUUUGAAGGACAAGAGUGAGAGAGUAGUAACUACGGGAAAGACAGCAAAAGGCCCUUGCUGCUAGACCUUCAGCUUUUGCUUCAACACUGUGUCUUCGUUACCCACUGAAAGGCCGCAAGCAACGCACCCUUGACCUCUAUAAGACUUUUCUUUAUAGUAGACAAGUCCAAGACGUAAAGGACAAAGAAAUGAGUCCUCUUGUAGCAAUAACACCAUUUGACUUCAAAUCAGCUUCUCCUGAUGACAUUGUAAAAGCUAAUCAAAAGAAAGCAUUUACUAGAGAAUAGUAACAAGGAAAACUUGAUUACUGUUGUAGAGCUUUUUAUUUAAAAUUAAUUUAGUCUUUAUAGGAUCACUUCAUAAUAUGGGAUUCAGGUUGUGAAUUUUAUAUUAAAAUUGUCUGUCAGUAGAUAAUAUGUUUUUGCACUGAAAUUUUUGUUUUUUACUCUCUUUUAGUGAUAACUGGCUCCAAGUUGAUAGCCUAUAAUGAGUGUAUGUUUACAAAGGGCAUAUGAAAACUUGAUAUUGUGAAAUCAGACCUCAGAUAUAUUUGGCAUUCAGCUUUAUAAGUUUUACAAUGAGAUACUUUCUUUUAUAAAAUAUUUUUGUGCUUUAUUCUUUAA